GGAGGAUCUGUUUGACCUGCUGGCCAGGAAAAGGGUGUCUACACUGGGGGUGUACUCCAAGGCUAAAUCUUAGAGUAGGGAUGCAAGAUCCUCUCCCAGCUGAGGUCUUUCUGAUUAAUAUUUUAAUAUAAACCAGUGAAGAUGACACCAAAACACGAAAAACAAGAAUUUGUAACUGUCUUGGUGAGAGACCCCAGGACGCACAAAGGAGACUCAUGGCAUUCUUACGUAGACUAUGAGAUAUUUAUUCAUACAAACAGUAUGUGCUUCACGAGGAAAACAUCCUGCGUCAGACGGCGCUUCCGAGAGUUUGUUUGGCUUCGACAGAGGCUUCAGAGCAAUGCAGUGCUGAUACAGCUACCUGACCUGCCAUCUAAGACUCCCUUUUUCAAUAUGAAUAAUCCUCAUCACGUGGACCAUCGCCGGCAGGGUCUGCAGGAAUUCCUGGAAAAGAUCCUACAAGAUGCACUGUUGCUCUCAGACAGUAGGCUUCACCUCUUCUUACAGACUCAGCUAAGCCCAGAAGAUAUGGAGGCUUGUGUCUCUGGACAGACCAAAUACACUGUUGCUGAUGCGAUUCAUAAGUUUGCCUCUUUGAACAGACGAUUUCCUAAAGAAGAUGAAGAAGGAAAAAAAGGAAAGAACGACACAGACUCUGAUUCAGAGAGUUCAUCCUCCGGGCUCGGACCUAGUGAUGACAGCAUUUCAUGUGGAUGUAAAACAAGCCCAGCUUCUGAAGAGUCAUGAAAAAUAAUUCCUGCAUUGCUAGCUUAAGGACAGUGCAAAGCAGUUUCUUCUCUGGUUAUGUGUACCAUGCAAACACGGGUGAGCCGGUAAGGUGUACCUGAAAGAAGCAUCGUCUAUACAACCAUAUGUCCUUAUAAAAUUUUCAAAACAAACCUCAAUAA